AUGCUAACCUUACUACUUCUUACUUUCUUCCACCUGCCCAACAGUAUUUCUCAGAACAUUAAUCAAUGCGUCGAGUGUGCUUCACCAGGCCUACAACACCGAUGGGCAUUAACUGGAUUUUCGCGAGAAUACGGAGACAACUUAUUCACAUCAAACUGCGCAGAAGCAGUAGGAUGGAAAGGUUUUACAGCAUGUGAUGGGCAGUGUAUAACCUACAUGUUCGAAGAUCCAGACGCAUCAUAUGUCAAAGACAGAAAUUUGGUAAUCCGGGGUUGUCUGGAAAAAUUGCUUGAUGAAGACCUCAGUAAUCGACAAGCAUCAAAUACCACUUCUUCUCUAUGCGAAUACGACAAAGAUUUUCAGAGGCUUAAUUCACAGGGAGAGAUGAUAUCAACAAAAGUUGUAUCAAUUAUUUGCAGCGGAAACCUGUGCAAUGGAAGAGGAAUAACAUUUGAAGAUCCAUGUAAGGGAUAUACAGCUGACACUUCUGCAUCUGUACCGAUAAAAUGUUAUCAGUGUCAAGGAGAAAAUGAAAACUGUCAUACGGCAAAAAAAAUAUGCUCGAAAAAAUACUGUUACAAGGGAACUAUUGAUUUUCACGGAUCAAAAAGCGUAUAUAAGACAUGUGCAGAUUUUAAUCCAUUUGGAAACAGCGCUGAAUGUGGUCAGUUUUCAACCCAAGUGACACCGAUGAACACUGCUACAGUUCAGACGACAGUUAGUCACUGCUUUUGUAACGAUAAACCGUAUUGUAACUUUGCAUAUCAAUCUCAUCCAUUUAUUUACCAGUUAAUUUUGGUCAGCAUAAUUUUAUUUGCAAUAAUUUUUUAACA